CGCGGCGCGAGGGCGGGGGGGCAUGGCGGCCGCCGUGGUGCCGGCUCCGGCGGGGACGCGGUGGAGGCGCGGCGGGCAGGGUCGGUCCUAGGCGGCCCGGGCAGGGCGGGCAUGGAGGAGAAUGCGGUGGAGAGCAGCAGCGACGCGGCCCCGCAGGAGGCCCGGGAGGAGCCCUCCGAGAGCGGUCUGGGCGUCGGGACGUCGGAGGCCGUGUCGGCAGACAGCAGCGAUGCCGCCUCGGCCGCCGGAGCCCUCUCCCGUGCCGAUGAGUCUGCCGUGGGCCAGAGCUCUGACAGCAGCGGGGGCUCUUUGGAGGAGGUGUCGGAGAGCAGCUCCAGCACAGAUGCCGUUCCUCAGAUUUACCUGCCAGACUCAUCCUCCAUUGCCCAGUCCACCUUAGGGUCCAGUGUGUCCACUGUGAGCCAGUCCAUCAUGGUGUCAGAGUCUCCACAAGUCCUUGUCCACUCCAGCGUCAUCACCGACGGAGCCACGAUCGUCUCUGACUCCACCGCGUCCACUUCCUCCGACCUGGGCUCUGCCAUCGACAAGAUCAUCGAGUCCACCAUCGGCCCUGACAUCAUCCAGAGCUGCAUCGCUGUGACCAGUGCUGAGGAUGGUGGAGCAGAGACUACUCAGUACCUCAUUCUGCAGGGCCCUGAUGAUGGUGCUCCCAUAGUGUCCCAGAUGGCCACCUCUGCCCUGGCCAGUAGCUUAGCAAUUGAAGCGGUCGUUGAGGGGCCUACCUCCACAAGCCUCGAUCAGCCUGGCCCUUCAGACCCUGCUGAGCAGCUGGAAGUGCUGAAGUUGCCCACACAGCCAGAUCAGGCCCAAGAAGCAGAUGGUGGGGAGGAGCUGGACCAGCCAGACAUGGAGACCCUAGAGGAGAUGAUGGAGGUGGUGGUGGUGCAGCAGUUCAAGUGCAAGAUGUGUCAGUACAAGAGUGUCUCCAAGAAGACUUUGAUUAACCAUAUGAAGGAGAGGCACUUCCAGCCAGUGGGCUCAGCACUGGCUUUGAAGAAAGGACGCCCACGGAAGGGGGGAGCAGCUGCAAAGACCGCAGAGCAGGAAGCUGCUGAAGAAGAGGAGGAGGAUGAUAUCAUGGAUGCUGGUGCUAUUGAUGACCCUGAAGAGGACAGUGACUAUAACCCAGCUGAGGAUGAGCCUCGUGGGCGCCAGGCCAAGUACAGCCGCAGCAUCCCUACAUCCAGUGAGGAGAGGCCACGCCGGCGCCCAGGGAGGCCCCGCAAGUUUCCUCGUCUGGAGGGUAUGACCCAGGGCUUGCCUGAGGGAGCAGAGGUGGAGCCCCUGGUGACCUCCCAGAGCACACCGAGUCGUGAGCUGCAGCCUUUGGAAGCAGCCAGUUCCUCUGGGCUGGAGAACGGUGCCAGCGAGAGCGUGGCAGAGCCCAGCAUCAGCCAGUCCGACUCAGAGAACAAGGACCCUUCCUCCAAUGCCAGCCCUGAGGAGGCCGACGUCCUGCCCCGGCGGCGAGGGCGGCCCUCCCGCCGCUUCCUGGGCAAGAAAUACCGCAAGUACAUGGGGCGCAGGUACUACUACAAGUCGGCCAGGCCCCUGAUGAGGCCCUACCUGUGCCGCAUCUGCGGCUCGCGCUUCCUCACGCACGAGGACCUGCGCUUCCACGUCAGCUCCCACGAGGCCAGCGACCCCCAGGUCUUCAAGUGCCUGCAGUGCAGCUACCGCUCCCGACGCUGGUCCUCCCUCAAGGAGCACAUGUUCAACCACGUGGGCAGCAAGCCCUACAAGUGUGAGGAGUGCAGCUACACCAGCGUGUACAAGAAGGAUGUCAUUCGGCACUCCACGGUGCACAGCCGUGACAGGAAGAAGAGAGUGGAUCCGCCCCCAAAGAUGAACUCCUUCCCGUGCCCUGUCUGCAACCGCAUCUAUCCCAUGCAGAAGAGGCUGACACAGCACAUGAAGACACACAGCACCGAGAAGCCACACAUGUGUGACAAGUGUGGGAAGUCCUUCAAGAAGCGCUACACCUUCAAGAUGCAUCUGCUGACGCACAUCCAGGCCAUCGCCAACCGCAGGUUCAAGUGCGAGUUCUGCGACUACAUCUGUGAGGACAAGAAGGUGCUGCUGAACCACCAGCUGUCGCACAUGAACGACAAGCCCUACAAGUGCAGCUUCUGCAAGUACUCCACCUUCCGCGAGGACUUCCUGGUCUCGCACAUGGCUGUCAAGCACACGGGAGGGAAGCCUUUCGCCUGCGAGUUCUGCCACUUCACCACCAAGCACAAGAAGAACCUGCGGCUGCACGUGCAGUGCCGCCACGCCGACUGCUUCCAGGAGUGGGCGCAGAGGCACCCCGAGGAGCCGCCCUGCCGCCGCCGCCCCUUCUUCACCCUGCAGCAGAUCGAGGAGCUGAAGCAGCAGCACAGCCAGGGACAGGCCCCUGCUGAGCCAGAGCCAGAGCCAGGCCUACCGGCAUCCCAGGCUGUGGCAGGAGCAGAUGCCCCUGUCCUCUCACAGGACUCCCUGGGAGGGGCCACCAUUAUUUAUGAGGAAGAUGUGGCCGGGUCGGCUGAGCUGGCCACACAGACAGCUCUGGACCUCCUGCUGAACAUGAGCACGCAGCGGGAGCUGGCCACAGGCUCUCUGCAGGUGGCUGUGGUGAAGCAGAGCGAUUCGGGAGAGGUGCAGGCACCCUGUGAGCCACCAGCACGGGAGGAGGGGGCAGAGGUGGACCUUAAGCAGCAGCAGCGGAAGCUGGUGACGCUGCACAUGGCAGAGGCUGGGGAGGCGCUGGUGCAGGAGGCUUACGAGGAGGCGGCGCUGGGUGGCUCGGAGCUGCAGCAGAUCACCAUCCCCUUCGGCGGGACGGCAGAGUACAGCAUCAUCGCACCCAUUGGCGAGGAGAUACCAGCUGCAGGCACCCUCUACAGCGAGGAGAGCCCUGCGGAGACCUCCCACGCGGUGGUGGUGAGCGAGGCGGUGAUGACAGAGGAGGUUCUGAAGGAGCACAGCGACCACUACAUCGUGUCCAGUGCUGCGGGGAGCCAGCUGCAGCCGGUGGAGCCCCUCAGCGGGGACGCUGCCUUCCCCCCGCCGGCAGAGGGCCCGGAGGCGCAGCCCACCGGCGUCAAGUGGCCCUUGGUGCAGUGUGUCACCAGGCAGCUCCAGAAGGACUCGUCUUUAUCCCCAGCCUCCGAGGGGCAGGAAGUCUCAUCCCCAAAGGUCAAGUGGCCUGUGCUACAAGGCAUGGCCAAGAAGCUCUCCUGCAAGGUUUCCACAGCCAAGAAGCUUUCGUGCAAGAUUUCCACAGCCAAAAAGUUUUCCUGCAAGAUUUGCACAGCCUUGUUCACGGGGAGGGCAGAAAUGGAGAGGCACAAGAGAGCCCACGUUGGGCCCAGCACCUUCAAGUGUCCUGACUGCCCCUUCACUGCAGCACUGUGGCCUGAGGUUCGGAGCCACAUGGUCCAGCAUGCCAGCCUGCGGCCGCACAAGUGCUCCCACUGCAGCUUCGCCUCCAAGAACAAGAAGGACCUGCGCAGGCAUGUGCUGACACACACCAAUGAGAAGCCCUUUGCCUGCCAGAUCUGUGGGCAGAGGUUCAACCGCAACGGGCACCUCAAGUUCCACAUGCAACGUUUGCACAGCUCGGAGGGCAAGCGCCUGGCACCGCCAGCAGCUGCCCAGCAAACCAUCAUCCUGAACAGUGACGAGGACACGCUGGCCACCCUGCAGACGGCUCUGCAGUCAGGCCAGGCAGUGCUGGCUCCCGAGCGGCUGCAGCAGGCCCUGGGGCAGGAGCACAUCAUUGUGGCCCAGGAGCAGAGCGUCAGUAGCCAGGAGGAGGCUGCAUACAUCCAGGAGAUCACCACAGCCGACGGGCAGACACUGCAGCACUUAGUCACCUCGGACAACCAGGUUCAGUACUUCAUCGCCCAGGACUCCCUCCAGCACUUGCUCCCCCAUCAGUACGUUGUUGUCCCAGAGGGGCAUCACAUCCAGGUCCAGGACGGGCAGAUCACCCACAUCCAGUAUGAGCAGGGCAGCCAGUUCCUCCAGGAGCCACAGAUCCAGUACAUGCCUGUCUCCCCGGAGCAGCAGCUGGUCACCCAGGCACAGCUGGAGGCAGCAGCACACUCUGCAGUUUCAGCGGUGGCCGACGCGGCGAUGGCGCAGGCCCAGGGAGUGUUCACCGCCGAGGCCACAGCCGAGCAGCUACAGCAGCUGCAGGAGGGGAUCCACUACGACGUCAUCACGCUGGCAGAGUAGCAGUGGCACCAGGCCCAGUGGGCACUGGCACACCGAGCUCAGCGAGGUGGCCGUGACAGGCAGGAGCCACCUCAGUCAGCAGCUGCCUUACUCCUCUGGGGGCUGUGCCCAGGUGCACUGUGACAGAGACGUGCUGCCACUUGGCCACCCCACCAGGCUGCUGCACAUCUCCCUGGCACAGGCCACUGCUUCCAGCCAGGUUCUGAGGCUGGCAACGCUCGCAGGCCUGGGCUCUGCCUGCUGCACUUGAUGGUCUGAACCUCCUUUCCGUGAAUCAUGUCCGUGCAGGCCCUGCGUUGGCCUGCCUGGCACACAAGGGUACAGCCAGGGGGCUGGCACAGCUGCGAUGUGGUGUGAGGGGUGUGCUGCAGCCACGCUCCCUGUGACACAGCCAUGGGCUGUGAGGGCACCCGCUCCUCCCUUGGUGUCUCCUGCCUGCGGGCAGGCAGCAGCGAGGCUCGGCCCGGAGGAGCCCGCGGCGGGGGGAGCGUGGGCGGGAGAUGCUCUAUUUUUGUUCUGAGGAGGGUUGGACUCUGGUGGUGGUUCGUGGGUGGUUGUGGGAGGGGUUCGGGUCCCGUUCUCGAGCUUUGACUCUGCUUAUGAAUAAAAAGGGAUUGCAGCAGG